CUUGCGACGCUCGCGGGAGAGUAGCAUCGGAUCUGGUUUCCAUGGAGACCGAAACGCCGAUGGAGGAGCUCAAAAACGAUGAGGAAGUAGGCGAGACCCUUGUAUCAUCUUCAGUGAACGGUUUGAUGAAUACAACGCGCGUAGAGGAGCCCAAAGCCGAAGACGCACUUUGAUGCACACAUCGCCCAUGAAGAAGCCCAAGCUAGAAGCUAAGCCAGAAGAGACACCGAUGGCAUCUACAUCGAACGGUUUGAUGGCAGAGCCCAAUGUUGAGCAGCAACUAGACGACUCCGCACUGGAACCACAAGAAAAUUUGAUGCACACAUCGCCCAUGAAGAAGCCAAAGUUAGACGCACCAUCAGCAGAAGAGGUUGCCGCCGACACACGCAUCACGGACAUUGAAAAGCUGCGACGAUUAUUAGGUAUCGACGAUGGAAAAGUUGACUAAGGAAAAGUACGAAGAGCUGCGCCUCCUCUGUGACACGGUGGGUGCACAGCAGCUGGCGGACUGCCCGGUCGAUGUUCUAAUAAACAACGACGAUUACUUGCCACGGCGCGAUGAGGCGAUGUUGGUGGUGGCCGUUUACCUGUCGACGUGCACCAAUCAGCUGGAGAGGGCGUUAUUUCGCAAAUAUUUCCCUCGGCUGGUGCGUACCGACACGGAACUGUUCAUAUUCACGGGGCUCGUGAAUCAGGUGCAGGAUUUGCGAGGGCGCUAAAAACCAUUAAGUCGCACCAUCCGCAAGGCGGUCAUUGAGUGGUACACGGACAAGUCGGCGGCUGUGCUGCUGCAAAUGUGGUCAAAGGGCGAGCAAACCUGUGCCUCGCACAAGAAUCUUCUGCAUAUCUGCCACUAUCGGGAUGUGGAACUGAUUCCCGAAAUUAAGGCCACCCUGGAGCUGUUUUGCACCCCCACCAGGCAGCUGGGAAGCUGGCCGGAAUUCCUCAAUCCCCUUAUCGGAAGUAAGAAAAUAAUUGAGGGCAUUGUUAAGCUUCGUAAGGCCAUAAAUGCCCUGGAGGCACUGCCGAUACUGAAAGAGCUCUCAUUGACGUAUGAACAAGCGCCCGAGAAUUUUCGUGCCGAUCCCGUGCUCGCCGAAUACCUGAUCCCGACGAUCAGCUACGAGCAGCUGCUAAAGACAUCACCGCGAGUGUUACGCCUCUGCAAGCCUACGCAGAGGGCCUCGUACAACAAAUAUGAGGAAUUGAUGCCCGACAAAACGAACAUGGAGGCGGCCAACAUAGACCCGCUGCGCAUCCUGCUGGAAACGAUGCGUUUGAAUAAGAACAAUCGAGAGAUGAUCGCGGUCAAGCGGAAUAGGCCAAACUUUUUGUUUAAUGUCUAUGCGUCGUCAUUUGGACACAACAAGGCCUUGGGCAAGGGCUGCACAUUACUCUAAGUCUAGAAAAAUUUUACCUAGGCAAGUACCUCAAUGGCCGUUAUCGGUCUAUUAAUUAUCUGGACGCGCUUGUGGGUGUCGCUUUCGGAUAUUAUAAGACCGACUCUGAUGGUAGUAAAGUGAACUACUGGUCCGAUCGCACUGGCAAGCUCAAGACUCUGCCCUGGACUAAUGCGAUGACGGUGGUGGAGGCAACGGAAUGUUGCAAAACUCAAGGGGUAAUUUCUGUCUCGGGAGCUUGUUCAUACGUCAAUGAAAGCUCUUUCAGUAUCGGCAGUGCCUCCAGGGCAUUU